AUGGAACCUGAUCAGUGGAACUACGUCUGGAACGAAGCCGCCGAGGAGCUUUUUGCUGGGCGUCGUCAACGUCUUCUUAUGGAUCUCGUACUCAAAAGCAAGGGUCCUGCCUUUGUAACCGAACUAGCCAACGCAUGGAAGUAUGCCGAAUACAGAUAUUGGAAUUCAAUGCUUCCACUGGUACCACCAAUGACGUUCAUGCUUGUCUUUAGUCUUACCCAGAUGAUACUCUUCCGUUGGGAGUUGGGUGACUACAAAGCCAUUGAAGUCGACACAUCCGUGGGUUUUGGACAGAUUAUCCCAUUAAUACUACUUGCACUGCCUUUUCUUGCUGCAGCCGACAUAUACCAAGAAUCCGGGUCGGCCUCUCCAUCGGGUACGAAGUCGUUAACGUCUAAUACCGUGGUGAUCAGCGAACCAAGUUCAACCGUAUCACCAACGCGAGUCGAUCGAAUGCCGACCCUCGGAGUGACCUCAUCCGCUGAUGUUAACGAUCCUCGUUUGGUCCAAUUAAAAGAACAAGGACGCGAAUAUGACAAUGAGAUAGCCAACGUCAAAAGAUACUUCUAUUGGGAAGUGGAAGAAGUGAAAAUGCAGCACACAAACGCCAAGACGGAUCAAGAAAUGAGAGUCAUCCUCAUUCGCAAAGAGCAGCUACUGAAAGACACGAAAACCUGUUUUGAGGCUGAAAACAAGACGAAGGGCAAAGGGGUUCCUCUAAAAAUCGCCUCGCUUCUCUACAUGCGGGUGACUUUUCUUGCCGCUGCAGCUAUUCUUCUUGAUCCGCCACGUAGGCAUUUCAUUGGUGGUAUCAUUGGAGGAGCGCUGCUGCUCAUGCAGCUCAGCUCGCAGUUAUAUGUGUGGAUCUCUACAUUGCGGGGGACGAAAGUCAAGGUUUAUGUUCGGUUGUUGGCAAAGUUCGACGAGAACAAGCAGGGAAGGCUGCGUGCUCAGUUGCAUUAG